AACGCAUCGCAAUGGCGGCCCUUCGAAGGUGUAUGACUAAGUUGAGGAUAAACAGUUUACGUUAUGCAUUGUACCAGAGUGGGUUGACGCAGAAAGACAUACCAAGACCCCUGACCAACUGCCACAGUGAUGUUAGCCAUCAACAUAUACACCCGGCUUCCUUUGCCAUCACUAAUUUCUGUCGUACCUGUAGUACAUACACAAGAUCUAAAAAUACAUAUUCAGUGCUUCGACUAGAAAACAUGCCCAGAUUGAUCAGCAAGGAUGAUAUGGAGACUUUUCUAGGGAAAUAUGGAGCAAUAGAUUGUCAAAAACAAGGCAUAACAGCUAUGGUGAAAUUUUCUAAGCCUGAAAUGGUUGCUCUAGCAGCAGACAAUUUGGAUGGUAUAGUCUUUGGGGGAUGUACAAUGAAGGCUACGAUUGGUGGCAACAAAAGUAAGCUGCGUAUUUUGAAUGUACCAGAAGGCUGGGAAACAGAGGAACUAAAACAGCUUUGUAAACCUUACGGGGAGGUCCUUGAAACCAGCAUGAAGUCUGAUUGGCUUGUAAACUUUGGCUCGUUAAAAGAGAUGGAUGCUGCUGCCAAUGUGUUACAAGGAUCUACUUAUGACAAUACUGUUAUCAAGGCUAAACCUUGGAAACCAGAAUCCAGACAAAAAGGAGCUGGACCCUAUGAAGUGUUUAAACAGAGCGACUAUCAGCUUGGAAACAUAAACAACAUGCAUGACACGAUGGCAGACAGUGAUGAGACUGAUGAACUUUACAGCAAAAUUGUUCUCGAGGUCAAAGGUCAUGAUGUUGCAGUCUUAAAUAGUUAUGCUGCAUUUGUGAAGAUGACUACAAGAUUUCUUAACAUUAAUCUUGUACGGAUAUAUACACCACCUAAAGUUAUUACAAAAUAUACACUACUUAAGUCCGUCCACAUAUACAGUAAACACAGGGUGCAGUAUGAAAUGAGAACUAACUACCGUGUAAUAGAGUUGGAGAAAUUAACAGGAUCGACAGCGAAUACAUUUCUGGAGUAUAUAGAACGUAAUCUCCCUGCAGGUGUAGCAAUGAAGGUUACCAAGCAUGAAUUGCAAAAGCUCCCAGAACAUAUGGCGCCACCACUGGAGGAGAUAACGGCAUAGCAGCAAUCAGUACACGUGUGAAAAUCUUUUGAUGUACAUUAUUAAUGGGAUGGGUAUAUUAGCGAUAUAUUCCCAUCUAUUAUAUAAAGUCAUAUUUAUAAUGUAAAGUGUCGGGUGUAAAUAAAAGCAAAAUUUUAUAUGAACACUA